AUGUCGACCAUCUCGACCGCGCUCCGCAACUUCAAGGAACCAACGAAGGAGCAGCUCACCCAAAUAUUCUUUUCGAUACCACCCAGUCCCACCGCCACUCUCAUAAAUACUCCCAGCAGCAAUGAAAAGGGCGAGAAAGGACAGUCGCCCGCUUCAGAGGAGGUCGAGAAGAUGGAUAUAAACGCGGUGUUGAGCUUAGGCGUCCAAGGUGAAGAGGAUGCCUAUGCCGGGAAGCUAUAUAUCAUAGCGCCCUACCUUGCAUUUGCCUCGCUCGACCGGAAAUCAGUCAAGUUCACCGUCCCGCUGUCUGUGAUUCGGCGGGUAGAGAGAUUGAAUGCGCGGGCGGGCAUCUACGCCCUCAGUCUUUCGACAUGGCAUGGUUCGAAGAUUAUUGUCCAACUGACUUCCCUACGACCAACUGCGGAUUUGUUCUGCUCCCUCCUUCGCGAUGCGCUCAAGCUCGAGCUACAACGCGGUCAAAUGAGAGCUGUGAAAGGCUUCGUCAAGACAUGUUACUCCGAGGCACUCAUUUCAACCACAUCUCAAGUCGCAGACAAUGAGCGCGAAGACGGGAGCCUAAUUACCGAUGAGAAGGAGGAUGGCGGGAGUGCACCAAGAGAAGUAGCAUAUCAUGGGGGGCUUGGCUUGAAAUUCAAGUUCCCUGGCGAUCCCAAGAAAUUGCGAGAGGCAUCGAAGAUCAAGCUGUGGACACAAUAUCUUCGAAUUCAUGGACGCAAUCUGACUCUUCUGCGCUAUCCACAAUGCACUCGACUUGUCCAGGUCGGCCUUCCCAACAGACUCCGAGGAGAGAUGUGGGAGACAUUAUCAGGCUCAGUCUUCCUCCGUUUCUCUAACCCAGGGUUUUACGAUGCGCUUCUUGAGAAGAACGUUGGUCGCACGACCACGAGUACGGAGGACAUUGAGAAGGACUUGCACCGCUCGUUGCCCGAAUAUGCAGGAUACCAAAGCGAGGAAGGUAUCAAUGCGCUUAGGAGGGUUUUACAGGCCUACUCGUUCAAAAACCCCGAGCUAGGCUAUUGUCAAGCAAUGAACAUUCUUGCGGCGGCUAUCCUCAUUUAUAUGUCGGAGGAGCAAGCUUUCUGGCUGCUUGAGGUUCUAUGCGAUCGUCUUCUUCCUGGCUACUACUCGCCUUCGAUGCACGGAACUCUACUAGACCAGCGUGUCUUUGAAUCCCUCGUCCAGCGAUGCCUUCCUAUGAUCCAUGACCAUUUCCAAGAAGUAGAUGUGCAAUUGUCGGUCGCCUCACUUCCAUGGUUCCUCAGCUUGUUAGUUCAUCAACAGUAUGCCGAUGAUUUUCGCUUUCCGGAUAGUCGACUGCUUCUUCUGUAUGGGACCCAAAGUUCUCUUCCAAGUUGGGUGAGUAGUUUUUUUGAUCAAUAUGUUGUUGUUGAUUGCAAUGUUCUCAGGUUAGCGAUACUGAAGAUCAACGGCGAAGAGUUGCUUAAGGCUCAAGACGACGGUGGUUUCCUCAAUCUGAUGCGAGACUACUUCGCUUCUCUUGGGGACUCAGCGCACCCACAUUCACCUGACCCACGUGCUCGCGCCAUCACUCGUUUCCAGGAGCUUCUCCUUGUGUCCUUCCGCGAGUUUUCUGUCAUAACAGACGAGCUUAUCCAAUCCGAGAGACGGCGAUUCCGUAGCGAGAUCAUUCAUAGCAUCGAGUCAUUUUCCAAACGGUCGGCCAUUAGAAAUCUCAAGACCCUUGGACGAUUCUCCAAGGAGCAGGGCGGGUUGGUAUACGAUGCAUUAUAUAAGGCUAUGUGCAUAGUGCCGCCACCGCCUGAGAUUGGGCAGCCAUCAUCUGUCCCAGCUCUGGUGAGCACUGCAGAGGGAGCAGUUGCUGGGACGGAGGAAAAGCCAGAAACUCGAAUUGGCUUGCGGACGUUCCAGUAUUUUUUGAGCGAGAUUGCUACAUGGGCGAGGGACGAACGGAUCGUAACAAAUGGACUGACGCGCCGAAUCGAUCGGGAAGUUGCUGAGCAUGAAUUCAUUGACCGACUAUUCUUUUUCUGGGAUACUUCUUGUCGUGGGGCACUUUCAUUCCAAGAUCUCAUUUCCGGCUUAGAUGGUGUCAUGUUCAACGACCUCAUGGAGAACAUCGAAUGGUUCUUCAACCUUCAUGACAAAAAUAAGGAUGGUUUCCUCACCAAAGACGAGGUCUUGACACUAUCAGAGACAUUCUUAUUCAUUUUUCGAUAUGAAGUUGGCGACGCCUAUUUAGGAGCCGUCAGCCGAUUCAUGACCAACGCAUUCGAAUAUGGAGACGCUCUCCUGCCCCCAUCAGACGAAGAGCCCAUAAAGAACGAACAAGGUGGAGAGACACCACCGUCUUUGCCUACGAACCAACCUUACCUUAACCUCGCCACAUUCCGAAUGGUGGUGCUUGCAGACGAGGUUCUCGAGUCUUUCUUUGAAGCUGACUUGUCUGCUUCUUUCCGACUGGAGCCUCUCCCAGAGAUGGAGCUGCCCGUUUCAAGCAGCGGCCUGCUUGGUGAUCUCUGGUCGACGAUCGCAACGGACAAUAACAAGCAGAUGUUCAAUAUGUUUACUGACCAGAUUGGCAAGACGAUUGGGAAGCAUCAGGUCGUCCAUCGACCAUCCAUUGGGAGAUACACUAAACUGGAAGAACCUAAAGCACGCGAGUCGUUGCUCACGCCAUCAAUGCGGCGAUCAGCAUCGAAGACUAGCCUCUCUGCUGAGAGCACCAAGACCGCAACGACCAUCACACCUUCGUCUUCCUCUACGCUCAGCGUAAAUACUGUGGUCACACCUCCCGCGAAAGGGGCUCCUCCUAGUGGCUAUUCACCCCACCCAAUGCUGCAAGCUGCAAAUAUCGCAUUGAUGGAGAGGACACCCUUCGCAAUUGAUGAUGCUAAAGACGACGACGAGGACAGCGAAUCGGAGCUCGAUGCGGGCGAGAAUGACGACCGGGUUAUGGAUGAAGUCGACGCGUUCCUGGAGGCUCACGAUUCAGGGCUGACAGAUGCUGACAAAGAGGUUGCCAAAGACCUUAUACAUGCGGAGCCUGUCAAGUAG